AUGGGAUUACAUGAGAAGUCACAAGUGGAAGGAGUGUUAGAAAAUUCAGAGAAAAAUAGAAAAUGGGUUAUCAAUUUAAGAAAACCAUUGAAGCCAAUAAAUACAAGAAUCACUUUGGAGAAAAGUGAAGAAGAAGAGAUUAAGAUGGAGGAAGAGUGUUCAACAACACCAAGAGGGGAAGGAUCAAGGAUUCCAGUAACUUUGAUAUGUCCACCAGCUCCUAGGAAGAGAAAAUCUUCUUUGAAAUGGAAUUAUCGCGGUAAAACUCGAGAGUUUUUCACUCCACCUGAGUUAGAAACUGUGUUCAUACGCCAUGUUGAAAGAGCUAUAGCUAAUUGA